ACAUCAAUAAAAUCUUUCGUGCUAUGUGGAAGACAAUUAUUUGAAGAUUGAAAAGUACAUUGUAGUCACGAUGGAACUUCAUCUCGAGGUGCUGGUGAUCUCCUGCCUUGCAGCUGUGGUCUGCUGCCGUGCUGACUCCGUAACUCACUUCGACGUGAAACCCAGCGGCCAGCAUUCACACCACAGUGCGUCGUUGGGCUCUGCAACAUGUGUCUUCUCAUUUACAACUGUCGGUGGUACGAAUGAGGACUGGCAAAUGACAAUCAAGGAGAAUGGCGACAAAUCGGUGACCUGUAUCGUCGAACGGCCAAUGAAAGGCUCCUACUUGUUCUUCCAGAAGUUUGCUGCGUCGCUAACUGGCAUGGAGAUCGCCAGCGUCGAAGCAUACGCAAAGAAUCAACUCUCAUCAUCGGAAUACAAGGUUGAUUUUGAUACAGUUGCUCACGUCGAUGGACAGUUCAAAUCAGCGCUUUCCGCUCUCAUGAUCACCUCCAAACCGGCACGCAAGGAACUCUAGAGUGGCCGAUGACCGAAUGUGUAAGGACGCUUCAUCCCCAACUCAUCUCCGUGUGUCCCGUAUGCCCAAGGAAAACUAUCGCCAUUCUAACUAUGUACAAUCUAUCUUCGCUUUCAUUUCUCAUGGGCUAGCGGCUCUGCUUGUUCGGUCUGCAAUCGUAUCUUUUCAACUCUAGCUCGAUUAGCUCAUUUCCACUAUAGGGGUGUUCGUUUUCUACGCAAACACAUUGAAAAGCUAUUCUUGAGAGUGUUCCCUGUUA